AGAGGCAUAUGAUUCCUAAGACACUCGUGAACUAGAACCAAUAACAUUGUCUGAUCUUUCUGUGCGGUUUAAGCGAUGUGCACCUGUAACUCUGAGAUUGACCCAGAACCACAAUGCCUCCACCUCAAGUGUCCUAGACAGCUCCAGUGUUGACAGGCCUUGUUCUUAUAAUAACAGCAUUGCAAGUAAGACUUCACUUUUGAAUUGGUUAAAAUGCAUUUGGAAUUCUCCUGUACCUUCUACAUGGCGGAAACAUCUUUAACAUAUUUUAAGUAGUUCAGUGUCUGGUCUCAUUGAUUUAUUUCAAGAUAGCCGUGCACGCAACUCAAAUGUACAAGCUAAUGAAGUAGCUACCAGCAAAGUCAGUGCUAGAAGGAAGAAAUUGCACUAAUCCGUUAAUUCAUAUGAAAUGUAAAUCCUCUGAGUAGAAUAGAUGUCAUUCAUCAUUGAUUAAAGAUUUGCAUUCACUCUAAAUGUUAACAAAGUCUAUUCACUGCUGGUUUCCUUGUGGAAGUCCACUUUCAUGCAUUCAAAUGCUGUAAGAGAUGUGUGUCACACACACGCACACACACACACACAACAUGCACGAGCCCACUGAAUCAUCUGUUCCUCCCACGUCAGGUGAGAGAGAGCGGUUGCAAACUACUUUCAUUUUCAGAAGUUUCGGAGCUGACUGUAAACAGCCUCACACUGGCAACAGUUUACAACUCGUUUUAACUUAAGACGUCUUCAAAACUCCCGGAAUCUGAAGGUCAACAGCAGCGUAGAGGACAGGACGGUCACAGACAAGAAUUAACCUGCUGUCUUUUUCCAGUGGCUUCAGGGGGACAUAGUGACAGUGAUUGAUUUGAAGAAAAUGGCUACCAGGUCAUCUUUUGAAGAAGAUCUCUCAUGUCCUGUGUGCUGCGACAUCUUCAAGGAUCCUGUCAUGAUGUUGUGUGGUCACAGUUUCUGUAAAAUAUGUCUGCAGAAAUCCUGGAAGGAGAAAAAGUAUCGGGAAUGCCCAAUGUGCCGAAGUAAAUCCUCCAAAACCGAGCCUUGUCCUAACCUUAAUCUAAGGAGCCUGUGUGAGACCUUCUUAAAACCACCACUGGAUGGUCAGACCCCUUCAAAGAAAUGCAAGACAAGCGCUGAGACGCUCUGCCAUUUGCACUGUGAGACCUUCAAGCUCUUCUGUCUGGAUGAUGACCAACCUAUCUGUGUGGUAUGUCGAGACUCACGAAACCACAAAGCUCAUAACUGCAAGCCAGUCGAUGAGCUGGCAGAGGAUCUUAAGGUGGAACUCAAGAUUGCGCUGAAGCCCUUACAGGAGAAGCUAGAAGUCUAUAAUAUUGUUAAAAAGGGCCUUGAUCAAAGAGUUGAACUUAUAAAGAACCAGGUCCAGAGCACAGAGCGGCAGAUUAACAAGGAGUUUAAGAAGCUCCGCCUGUUUCUACAUGAAGAAGAGGGGGCCAGGAUAGCUGCACUGAGGGAGGAAGAGCAAAAUAAAUGUCUGGGGAUGAGGACUAAAAUAACAGAGAUAAAUGGGAAAAUAUCCUCCCUUUCAGAAACAAUCAGAGCCAUAGAGGAGGAGAUGAGAACAGAAGAUGUUGCAUUUGUCAAGAACUACAAGGCCACCAUGGUCAGGGCCCAGAUCCCACUGACCAAUCCACCGCUGGUUUCAGGACCAGUGAUAGACGUGGACAAACACCUAGACAACGUGCCGUUCCGGGUCUGGGAGAAGAUGAGGGGGGUCGUGAAAGAUGUUCCUGUGUCCCUGGACCUCAACCCUGCCAGCCCAUGCCUCCCCCUGUCGGAUGAUCUGACCAGUGCCAUGUUGAGCGUAGAGACACAGCAGCCUUCCGACAACCCUGAGGUGUUUGAACUUUUGGAAUGGUUCCUGGGUUCUGAGAGAGAGACCUCAGGGACAAUAUAAACCAGCUCAUACAUGUGAUACUGGAGUCACCCAGAGGAAGGGAAGUAUGAGGACUCGGUGGUGGAAUGUUAAUUAUUAUGAAGGAAAAUUAGUUGCAAGCUUCCUGUCUUGGUCCGCCAUUCCCAUAGUGGUGAAACAGAAACCCCAGAGGGUCAGAUUUAAGCUGGACUGGGACAGAAACCUCAGCGGGACAAGAUUCAACUAGACUAG